AUGGAGUUUGGCCACGCCGGAGUGCUGAAUGAGGAUGGAAUCCAUGUGGACAUGGACCGCCUGAAGAAGGGAGAGGUCAACCUGGGAACCUCGAUCAUGGCGGUUACCUUCAAGGAUGGUGUUAUUCUGGGUGCGGAUUCACGAACAACGACCGGUGCCUACAUCGCGAACCGAGUGACGGACAAGUUGACAAGAGUACACGAUACCAUCUGGUGCUGCCGAUCUGGCUCAGCCGCCGAUACCCAGGCUGUCGCCGACAUUGUGCAAUACCAGCUCGGACUCUUUGCCAUGAUGAAUGGCAAGCCCCCCAUGACACAGACCGCUGCCUCCAUCUUCCAGGAGAUCUGCUACUCCAACAAGGACCGUUUGUCCGCGGGUCUUAUCAUCGCUGGCUGGGAUGAGCGGUUCGGUGGUCAAGUAUACUCCAUCCCCCUGGGUGGUUCCCUUCACAAGCAAGCAUAUGCCAUUGGUGGCUCCGGAUCGACCUACAUCUACGGAUACUGUGAUGCCAACUGGCGGGAGGGCAUGGAGAAGGACGAUGCUGUCAACUUCGUUAAGGGAGCACUGAGGGAGGCCAUUAAGUGGGACGGCAGCUCGGGAGGUGUCAUCCGCAUGGUGGUUCUCACCAAGGACGGUGCGGACCGACACCUGUAUCUCCCUGACACGGACUAUGCGGUGCGGCACGAGUGA